UUAAUCCGCUUGGCUCUAAAUGUGACGUAUUUCCUGGAGAAAGAGGUUUGUAGCUGUUUGUUAUCAUCCACAUCCAAUAGUGAACCGCUACAUUGUAAUAUGCACGAGGGGGAUCUGCUUCCACCCCUUUUCUACCUGUGAAUAUUUGCUUUACGCAUGUCGUUAAUUAUUAUCUUUUAAUUUCCAUUAUCGCAAAAGUUGAAACGGCUGAAAACAUGUUUUCCUUUCAAUCGGAAACGCGAAUGUUGAAGUUAAGAGGUAAAAAUCUCACCAUGAUGAUGGAAACUUACUGACGAGCAAGAACGGAGUAUAGUUGAAAUCGGAGAAUGGGCGCGUGUGGGUAAGAUUGUGAUUAAUUUGAUUAAAUGUAAAGUUAGGAAGUGAAACACCCCUUAAAAAAGAAAAAGAAAGAAGGAAAAGGGGGAGUCUCUCCACCCGGAGCGAGGAGGAGGCGAGGAUGAGGAGGAGGCAUGACGUCUCGGUCCUUGCUGGCAUCUGACUUUUUGAGGUAACUAGAGCUUUGUUGUUGUUUUAUUAAAUUUUUGUUUCAUCUGAAUAAAAAAACAACGAGUGUGAUUCGUUAAAAGUGGAGAGGGAAUUUGAGAUCAGAGCGGAGGGAAACAAUGGGAAUAUUCUCAGGAAGCGUUUCACGAUCUCUGCCAGCGCUUCCAGCAGCCUGCUCCCAAUCCUCCCAGUCAGGUGAAUCCUUUCUUCUCCCAUCAUUAAAAUCACGUGAAUUCUUUUGAAAUGAUUUUGGACAGAACUUAGUGGGACAACUACCAGUUCGGAUCGGAAGCGCCUCCUUUCUGAAGUUUGCCACUGUUCUACUUUGCUGCUGUAAGGUAGAGCAGCCAUCUCUGCCGGGGAAGCGGUGACUGACAGAAGAAUCGGCCGCCCCUGUGAAGAGUCCUCCUUUUAAUGGAUGCCCGGGUGGCCCUGCUGCUCACGUGGACAGGUCUUGUCCUGCUGACAGCUGAACUGAAGUGGACAGACACGUCAGAGAUCUACACCAACACUUGGGCUGUUCAGAUCAAUGGGGGCCCUCAGGAGGCUGACCGCAUCGCCAGAGAACACGGUUUCAUCAACCAAGGCAAUGUUUUUGGAGAUUAUUAUCACUUCAGGCACCAUGCUGUGGAGAGGAGGGCAUUGUCUGGCCACAAGGGGAUGCACAUCAAACUGCAAAAAGAUUCACAGGUCUUGUGGGCGGAACAGCAAGUGGUAAAGAAAAGAAAGAAGAGGGACGUCUUUGAAGACCCCACAGACCCAGACUUUCCCAAGCAGUGGUACCUGUCCAAUCCAACUCAUCAAGAUCUGAAUACCAAAGCGGCCUGGGCACUAGGCUACACAGGAAAAGGAGUAGUGGUGACCAUCUUGGACGAUGGCGUUGAAAAGGACCAUCCUGACCUCAUCAGCAAUUAUGACCCAGAGGCAAGCUAUGAUGUUAAUGAUGGAGAUGCUGACCCCCAACCGAGAUACACGCAGCGAAACGAGAACAGACACGGCACGCGGUGUGCAGGAGAGGUCGCCGCCGCCGCCAACAACGGCGUGUGUGGCGUCGGCGUGGCCUAUAACGCUAAAAUCGGAGGGGUGCGUAUGCUGGAUGGGGAGGUGACAGACGUGGUAGAGGCGCGUUCUCUCAGCCUGAACCCUCAACACAUCCACAUUUACAGUGCCAGCUGGGGCCCGGAGGAUGACGGCAAGUCGCUGGACGGCCCUGCCAAAAUGGCCAAAGAGGCCUUUCUGCAGGGAAUAACUAAGGGACGCAGCGGACUGGGCUCAAUCUUUGUCUGGGCUUCAGGCAACGGUGGCCGAGAACAGGACAGCUGCAACUGUGACGGCUACACCAACAGCAUUUACACCCUGUCCAUCAGCAGCACCACGGAGUCGGGCAACGUGCCGUGGUACAGCGAGCCCUGCUCCUCCACCCUCGCCACCACCUUCAGCUCUGGGAAUCCAGGGGAGAAGCAGAUAACAUUCACAGACCUGACGCUGAACCUUCCCGCUCAUUCCCUCCUCCUCAUCCUCCUCCUUCACUCUUCCUCUGUCUCAGAUCGCUGCAGGGUGACCACAGACCUGAGGCAGAAGUGCACUGAUUCUCACACGGGGACAUCCGCCUCUGCCCCACUGGCUGCUGGGAUCAUCGCUCUGGCUCUGGAGGCAAACAUGAAUCUAACCUGGAGAGAUAUGCAGCACCUGGUGGUGAGAACAUCCCUGCCUGGACACCUCAUCGCCGGAGACUGGAAGACAAACGGAGUGGGACGACGAGUGAGUCACUCGUACGGCUACGGUCUCCUGGACGCAGGUGCCAUGGUGGUUCUGGCUCAGAACUGGACCGCGUUGGGUCCCCAGCACCAGUGCGUUCACACCAUGCUCGCAGAAUCCAGAGACGUCGGAAACAAGCUGGUGUUCAGCAAGAGCGUAGAUGCCUGCUGGGGACGACCGGAGUAUGUCAGAUCUCUGGAGCACGUUCAGGCUCGCCUCACUCUUUCCCACAACCAGAGAGGAAAAUUGGCCAUUCAUCUCAUCAGCCCACUGGGCACACGUUCUACCCUGCUGUUCCCAAGACCCAACGAUUAUUCCUCAGAAGGGUUCAACGACUGGGCCUUCAUGUCCACCCACUCGUGGGACGAGGACCCUCAAGGAGAGUGGACGCUAGAGAUAGAAAACAUGGCACCUCACGAGCGAGACUACGGUGUGUUGAGUCAGUUCACGCUCAUCCUGUGGGGCACUGGACCCAAUGUCGUCAACCCCUCCUCACCUGACUUCCCUCGACCCUCCAACAACAGCUGCAAGACGUUCGACGCCCAGCAGAUUUGUAUCGAGUGCAGCCCCGGCUUCUCCCUCUUCCUCCAGGGUUGUGUGAAGUUGUGUCCCCCAGGUUUCACAUCCGGACCACAGCUCCUUAACCUGUCUCUAGAGAACUGGGUGGACCUGUCCUCCGUGCAGGCCUGCCUCCCCUGCAAUUCAGCGUGCCUCACCUGCUCCGGCACCGGAGCGACGGACUGCCUGUCCUGCCCGCCUCACAGCCAUCUGGUCCUCACCUCCUGUCUGCACCAGAACCAGGUCCAGCGUAAAUCCCCUCUUGCCCCGGGAUUCCAGGGUGAAAAGGUCGAGUCAGAGGCCACGGGCCAAGCUGCAGAUCACAGCAGCGGAGAACCCAAGGAGCCACCUGCGCUCCGUGUAGCUCCGCCCACUCAGCUGCCCGUCAUCAUAGCGGUUCUCAGCUGUGCCUUCAUCCUGGCUGCCUUUGCCGGGGUCUUCUUCUUGCUGCAGCUACGCUCAGGCGAGGCUUCAGUGGCCUGGAGGACCAAACUGCCCUCUGUGUUUGCAGAGACCAGAAGGACGCGGGCGGGUUUUGGUUUGGGCUUCCACAGGAGGCGGGAGAGGAAGACUCGGAUCUGCUAUAAGGGGAUCCCCACUGUGUGGGCGGACGAGGACACAAUGGUCUACGGGUCUGAAUCAGACAGCGAGGAUGUGGACCGUCACGGCGAGAGGACAGCUUUUAUCAAAACGCAGAGCUCGCUGUAGCUGAGUAAGCUGCAGCAGACGGGACUUUCCACUGGCCUUACUGUCCCAUCAGCUCCAUCCACAUCACCUGAUCUAUUUAUGUGUUAUUUAUCCGAUCAGUACUUUCAUAUGAGGUAUAUUUAUUAAUCCCUAAUCUCUGUCACCAACACAAGGUGUUAUGCAAGGAUAGUACUCAUCAUGAGUCAUUCUGAUGAUUUUGAACCAGUUUAAAACUUUGUGGCAAAAUCCAAAAAAACAACAAAAACAGUGCUGUGAGAAAGGAUUAUCCUCUUUUUUGCUUGUUUUCACUUAGUCGUGAUUGUGUGUUAUUUUUUGGCUGACCUGACACAUAUAAGGGAUCUGUGGCAUGCUAUUUUACACUUUCCAGAGCUACGGCAGGCCCGUAUAUAAUCAAAUACUACCAUUAAUACGGAAACCGCAUCAGAUCUGAAAUGUAAUUUUUUUUUUUUGGGUUUAUUAAACCCGGAAAUAAGAUACUUUGAUUUGACAAAAUCCCCCCCCCCCCGUGAGUUCCACUCAUUUCAUGACGUGACCCGUGAGCAGAGCAUCGUGAGCCACAAAGCAGAAGGUGAAGCUUUAGCAACAGGCACACCCCAUCAAACUUUGUAACCAUUCAGCUAGCGGUUAGCAUUUUGGUUGUACUCACCGCCUUGGCCUAUCCAUCAGGUUGUUUUAAUGUUGGAAUGGAGCCAAUUUGAAGAAGUAAUCCAUCUGAAAACCCACUCCGGUACUGGUGGUGGUUUAACAAGCAGUCUGGUUUUUGAGAGCUCCUGAGGAUGAAAUUCAACCAGUUCUGGUGAUUAAACUCUUCCUCGGGAAGACAGGACAGGGAUCCCAUACAGACAUAAAUCCUUUUUCAUGUUCUAGACAUUAUCAAAAGUGCAGACUAGAUUAGAAAUAAAUCACUUUUUCACAACUGUGGAGAUGAAAUCACUGCUUGCUGCUCUGAGAGAGUGAGCAUGAGUGUUUACAGUCCAGGGGAGGAGCGGGCAGGUUAGCUACGUCCUUUAUAGAGAGGGGCGGGACAAGGAGACACAAGCCUGUUCUAAUCAGCCGUUUGAAAUAGCUCAGCAGACCAGCAGCUGAGGGAGGAUUCAUGCAUGAAGCCCAAAAAAGGCUUUGGGGGUGUUUUUGAUGAGGAAAUAACAAUAAAAUAUGGUCAAAUGCUCCAAAAAGUGGAUUUUACACCUUUAAAUGUGAGCAAAAACAAAACCUAUAAGGAGGCAAAUCCUUUUUCACAGCACUCUAUGUUAGGGAUGUCCUGAUAUUGAUAUCAGAAGUAAUUCGACGUCGGCCUAAAAACACUAUUGGUUUAUAUCUGACUGCAUCAAAAAUCUCCCAUAUAAGCAGUCCAUUAAGGCUCGCAUUUUUGCAACCAGUGUUUAAAAAGAAUGAUCGUGUUUUUCAUACUGUUACUGGUUCUUGUUCUCCGAUUGAGUAAUAUCACUUGAUCAAGGCUUUCAUACAUUCCACACUACGAAAUAGGUAAAAGUAUAUAUGGUUUUUGCUGAUAUUGUAUUGGAUUGAUAUCGGUAUCGGUCAGUGCUGAAGGCUGCAAUAUCGGUAUCGUAACGGAAGUGAAAAAGUUGUAUCGGGACAUCCCUACUUAUGAUUCCCCUAACAUAGUUCCUUAAAAAAAAACUUUAAUCCUGUUGCAAUGAGAGUUUUUAUUUUUCAGCCUCGACAUAUUAGUAACCCCAGCCUGAGACGUAGGCUAGGGUCUGCGAGGAGUCGACUAAACUCCAGAAGAAACCUUUAAGCCGUCGGGCUCAUUACUUCAUCAAACAUGCCAUGGUGGUUCACCACGAACACAAACCCAGCUUUGAUAAGUUUGCCAUUACACAUUCAGCUUCAGCACACUGCAGAGCAGGGGUUACAAGGUUGCCUUGUUGAUUUUUUAAUAGUUGGAAAACUUUAAAUUGAAGAUUUCUGCAGCACAGUGGGAUGCCACAGUGAGGGAAAAAAACACCCCACAGGCUGUUUGAGCAGGAGAAGUGUGGAGGAUGUUCUGUUUUUGAGUCAUGCCUCGGUGGGAAGACGUUUGUGAUAAAUCACUCAGAGAAGCUCACUGACUUGUAGACUAACAGUGUUUUUAAUGGCAUUAUAAAAGCACUUAGCCCAGAGCUGCUUGGCCGACCUUUGGAAACAUUGUCCCAAUCGGCUGCUGGUAGGAAAUAUGAUCGUUUUCUGCUCAUUUUCUCCCCAACAGAGCAUCCUGCUUAUUGGUUUUAGGGCUUCUCUGCCAGAAUGUUUUCAUCAAGGUGGAGUUUCCUCCCGUUUUGUGUUCAGCAAAAAAAAAAAAACUGAUGCACCCAUUUCCUGUUUCUGUGUAGGCUCCCAGCUACACAGGCUAAAGCAAAGCCUUUAGAUCCAAAGGCCAAAGUGAUGAGAUCUUGUAUUUGCCUUUUCUAUGUUUGCUUUGUAGCUUUUUUCUAAUUUAACCGAUAACGACAAUAUUGUGGAGAUCAGUUUUAUAAUGGAACAAUAAAAACAAAAAAACUUUA